AUGUGUGUUUGUCAAGAAUGUUUUUAUGGUGAUAAAUGUCAAUUCACUACAAAACAUUCUGGUCUUUCACUUGAUUCAAUUUUAGGUUAUCAUAUAUAUCCACAUCUAUCGUUAAGUCAACAGCCUUCACCUGUUCAAAUUAGUAUAGCUUUCGGAACAUUAAUACUUAUUAUUGGUGUUAUUAGUGGAAUUCUAUCAAAUCUAACAUUUCAAGUAAAAUCAACUCAAAAAACAGGUUGUGGCCUUUAUCUUUUUACUUCAUCAAUUACAUCGAUUCUAGUCGUCAUUUUUUUCUAUAUCAAAUUAUGGAUACUUAUUUCUUCUCAAAUGAAUACUAUAACAGGACGAUCUUUUCUUCUAUUCAAUUGUAUUUCAAUUGAAUUUAUUCUUCGAUUUCUAUUAGCAACGACUGAUUGGUUACAUGCUUUUGUGACGAUUGAACAAUUUUUUGUUGCUUUUCUAGGUAUUAAUUUUGAUAAGGCAAAAAGUCGACAAUUUGCUAAACGAAUUAUAUGUAUGAUUUUCGUAUUGACUGCUGUAUCAAUUGUUCAUGAUCCAAUUCAUCGUCGUCUAAUUGAUGAUAUAGAUGAGGAAAGAACAUGGUGUCUGGUUAAAUUUACAUCGAAAGUGGAAAUUUAUAACAGAUUUAUUAAUAUAUUUCAUUUUAUUAUUCCUUUUUCACUAAAUGUUAUUUUAGUCAAUAGUAUUAUGAUUAUUACCGCAAGACAACGUUCAUCUGUACAAGGAACAUUUACCUUUCGACAACAAUUAAAACUUCGAUUUCAUCGUCAUAAACAUCUUAUUCUUAGUUCAAUUUUAUUGAUUAUCUUGGAAUUACCUCGUCUAAUUAUUUCCUUUUUACCUAAUUGUAUGAAAUCACCAAAGGAAUACAAAUUAUUUUUGGCUCUGUUAUGCUACCUUAUAUCUUUACUUAUCUUUAUCAUUUUUGGUUCCCAAUAUUUAUUAUUCUUUCAUAAAAGUUCAUCAUCAUCAUCAAUACCACCAUGUGUAUGUCGAAAUCAUUUAAAUGAACCUGUGGAUUGGUUUAUCAUAUAUAAAUUACCACGACUUUCACAUUCAGUUGAUCCUAAUGUUGCUAAUGGUACUGGUUAUAUCUAUUUAGAUAGUUCAUCAUCUUUAGAUAAAUGGCGUUUUUCAAGUGAAAGUAUUGAUACACCAUCAUCAUUAACUGGUUUAACAUUAGGACCAUUAUAUAAAUUUAAAGAAUAUUCAUUUCUAUUUUAUAAUGAUCAACCACCUAAUAUACCUAUUUCAUUAGUCUUUGGUCAUUCAAAAGGUGUUGUCGCAUUUGAUGAUAGUACACAAACCGGAUUUUGGCUUGUACAUAGUGUACCACGUUUUCCUCCACCGAUUGUACAAGGAUAUGGAUAUCCUGAUUCAGGUCGUGUAUUUGGUCAGACAAUGUUAUGUAUGACACUUAAUACAUCUACGUCGUUACCAAUAAAUUCAAUAGAUUUACUAUCUACACAUUUUAUGUUUACACGUCCAUUAGUUUUUAAUUCCAGUUUAACUUCAUCUGCAAUUAAUCGUUAUCCAAUUCUUUCAAAUAGUAUUAUUACAAAUAAAGGUCAUAUUACUGAACCACCAUAUACUCGUUUUUAUCCAUUAAAUAUUUCAUCGAUUGAAAUUCAUACAUUUUCAAAAUAUGGUUUAUCUAAUAUCGAUAUGUUAAGUGAAUUGAUAGUACCUACACUUGGCACGUCAAUGUUAAGUGAAACAUGGUCAAAUGGUAGACAAAUUAAUUUACCAUCAAACUGUACAGGUCAAUAUCAUACUGAAAAUAUUGAAAAAUUAUCAUUUAAUUUUACUGUACAUCAUGAUCAUUCGAAAUGGCUUGUUAGUAAUGAUGAUUCAUGGGUAUGUAUUGGUGAUAUGAAUCGACAAGCUGAACAGAAAGUUCGACAUGGUGGUUUUGCAUGUAUUAAUGAUAAACGUAUACAACAACGGUUUCGACAACUUGUCUCAGAGAUUGAACCGUGUCCAAAGAAGAAAAAAUAA